UAAGCCGGCUCGGCGGAGUUAUCAGCGACCACCGUAUCAGAUUUAGGAGCUGCAAUCUUUCGGAUACCGUUUCUCCGUCGGUAGGGAUAAUAAAGAGGAAAGGGGGUUCUGUUUGCGCUAAUUUCAAUUAUUAUCCUCGGCGAACUCUACACGAAACCCUAAUUCGCCCGAAGUUAGAGAUUUUGAAGAAAGAUGGGGAAGAAACAACACAGCAAAGAUCGGAUGUUCAUUACGAAGACGGAGUGGGCCACCGAGUGGGGCGGUGCCAAGUCCAAAGAACUGCGGACACCUUUUAAACGCCUUCCCUUCUAUUGCUGCGCCCUGACAUUUACUCCAUUUGAGGACGCAGUGUGCACCAAGGAUGGCAGUGUUUUCGAUAUCAUGCACAUUAUCCCCUACAUAAGGAAGUACGGAAAGCAUCCUGUUUCUGGAGCUCCUCUCAAACAAGAGGAUCUCAUCCCACUAACUUUUCACAAGAAUUCUGAAGGAGAGUAUCAUUGUCCUGUAUUGAACAAGGUUUUUACAGAGUUCACACAUAUUGUUGCAGUAAAGACGACUGGAAAUGUGUUCUCUUAUGAGGCAAUCAAAGAAUUGAAUCUUAAAACCAAGAACUGGAAGGAGCUUCUAACUGAUGAACCCUUCAAAAGGGAAGACAUCAUUACCAUUCAGAAUCCAAACACACUUGACAGCAAAGCUCUUGUGGAUUUCGACCAUGUCAAGAAAAGCUUGAAACUUGAUGAUGAAGAAUUAAAAAAACUGGAGGAGGAUCCAGCCUACAACAUAAAUGUGUCUGGCGAUAUAAAGCAGAUGCUAAAGGAGCUUAAAACAGAGAAGGGACGGGAACUUGCACUACAUGGAGGUGGUGGAAGUAAGGCACAAAAUGAAAGAGCUGCUGCACUUGCUACCAUUUUAGCUGCUCGAGAACGCAUUAAAGAUAACCCCAAAUCAAAUGAUGAAGUUAAAGCUCAACAGGCUUUUAGUAUUGUUGAUGCUGCAUCUGCUUCUGUGCAUGGAAGAAGUGCUGCUGCUGCCAAGGCUGCCUCAAGUGAUAAAACUGCUGCUCGAAUAGCCAUGCAUAUGUCUGGUGACAGGACACCAGUAAACGCUAAGAUGGUAAAGAGCCGUUACACGAGUGGUGCCACCUCUAGAUCUUUCACUUCUACAUCAUAUGAUCCGGUCACAAAGAAUGAGUUUGAAUAUGUGAAAGUUGAAAAAAACCCGAAGAAAAAAGGUUAUGUUCAGUUGCAUACUACCCAUGGUGAUCUAAAUAUCGAACUGCAUUGUGAUAUAGCUCCAAGGGCAUGUGAGAACUUCAUCACUCUCUGUGAACGAGGCUAUUACAAUGGAGUAGCUUUCCACAGAAAUAUAAGGAACUUUAUGAUACAAGGUGGUGAUCCAACUGGGACUGGGAAAGGAGGUGAAUCUAUAUGGGGAAAGCCAUUCCAAGAUGAAGUAAACUCGAAAUUGCUACAUUCUGGGAGGGGGGUUGUCAGCAUGGCAAACAGUGGGGCCCACACGAAUGGAUCGCAGUUUUUCAUCCUGUACAAGUCUGCCAACCAUCUAAACUUCAAACAUACAGUUUUUGGUGGAGUUGUAGGAGGCAUAACAACUUUGUCGGUGAUGGAGAAGGUCCCUGUUGAUGAUGAUGAUCGACCUUUGGAAGAGAUCAAGAUAAUUAGUGUAUCAGUAUUCGUCAAUCCUUACUUAGAACCAGAUGAAGAAGAGGAAAAGAAUAACGAGGAGAACACCGUUGAGGAUGAAGAAAAUGAAAAGAUCGGAUCAUGGUUUAGCAAUCCAGGCACAGGAGCAGAUCCAGAAGCUUCAGGUGGUGGAGUCGGUAAAUACCUGAAAGCAAGGAGCGGUAAGACGGAGUCGACCGCUGCGGUCGAUGGCGGUGGGCAUGCGGGUCCUGCCGUAUUAAAGAAAAGAAAAUUGGGUGUUUCAACACAAGAACUGAAAGAUUUUUCUGGGUGGUAACAAACACAUUUUUUUUCCCUGAAGAAGCAACAAAAACAUAGCCAUCAGAUUUUGUGUUAUCCAGAAUGUAGUUGUAUUCUAUGUACAGUUGAUGCAUUAGAGGAACUAUCAAAUGGUACAACUUUCAAAAAUGAAAAGAUAGAAUAGAAGCAACAGCUGC